ACAUUCUCUUGCCAACCACGGGGACGCGGAAGAAGCGAGUGCGCUACGGACGGGAAGCAGCUCCUUGGAACUGAAAAACUCAACAACGAAUUGGAAUGGCUGCGAUUUCUCUCUAAUAAACGUGUUAACGUUACACAAAUCAAAGAACAGGAAGUCCUGUUGACAUCACCUCCUGUCUGCGGCUAUGUCGUGCCGGGACAUCCAUGCCACCAAUGCCUUCUCCUUCAUCAUCGCCUUCAUCUCCGUGGGCGGCAUCGCUGUGGCGGCGCUGAUCCCACAGUGGCGAGUGACACGGCUUGUCACCUUCAACAAAAACGCUAAGAACAUCAGUGUCUAUGAUGGCCUGUGGGCCAAGUGUGUGAAACAAGAUGGUUACUCUGGCUGCUACUACUACGACUCAGAGUGGUAUUCUAAAGUGGACCAGUUGGACCUGAGACUGCUCCAGUUCUGCCUGCCGACUGGGCUACUGUUUGGCUCCCUGGCCCUGGUGCUGUGUAUGGCAGGCAUGUCUAAGACCUGCUGCUGCUCUGAUAAGGCUGAGACAGACAUCAAGAGUACCCGUUGUCUGGUCAACAGCGCAGGCUGCCACCUAGUGGCCGGGAUGUUCCUGUUCCUGGGCGGUGCUAUCGCCCUGGCGCCCUCCGUGUGGUUCCUCUUCCGGACCAAAGAGAUGAACAUCAAGUACGACCGCAUCUUCUCAGACGGGUUCGCGGUCUACGUGGCCAUCGGCUGUUCCGGCGGCCUCAUGCUCGCCGCCCUGCUGAUGUUCAUGUGGUACUGCAUGUGUAAGAAGCUACCCUCUCCCUUCUGGCUGCCUCUCCCCACACUCCCUAACUCCCUCUCCACCCAGCCCCUCACGGCCAACGGGUACCCCCCCUCCCCUGUCUACGGACCCCCUCAGACCUUCCCUCCACAGGGGUACGUCCCCACUGUGAUGGAUGCCCAGCCCUACGCUCCCUCCCAGGGCUACCCUCAGAGCGUAGCCCCACUGGCCCAGCAGCCUCAGCAGGUCUAUAUGUCCCAGAUGUCAGCCCCGGAUGGGUAUGGGUCAGAGGUGGGGCAGAACCAGGCUUACAGCUAUGCCCCGUCUCAGAGUUAUGCACCCUCUCAGGUGGGCUACGCCCCCAGCUACAUAGGCCACCGCUACUCCACUCGCUCACGCAUGUCUGGCAUAGAGAUAGACAUCCCUGUUCUAACACAAGGCCUCUGAGGGAGGGCUGCUGCAAGAACACAGAGUCCUGGUUCCAUUUAGCUGUCCUGUCUCCUGUAAAGGGUGUGUACUGUCAGUGAAGGAUAUGACUGGUCAGUCGGCACUAGAAAUACAACUGUGUGUCACUCAACCAAGCACUGCACUGUUAGACACAGUUUAGUAUGCAGGCUCCACAUCUGGUGAAAGGACACCAGAGAUGCCCCAUAAUGAAGUCUGAAUUCACUGUUAUAUUUUGAUUGAAAACAAUAUUUUCUAAUCACACCGAUUUGUACAUCUCUUCUUAAUGUAAAUCUGCUUGAAACAUCAUAGCAUUUCUACACUGUAUAUUGUUCACUAAUAUUUCAAAAUGAACUAAACUGUACUCUAACUGUGAAGUAACUUGACGUCGUGAGGUAAAAGGGAGUGACACUAACUGACUGUGAUGUCUUUGUUGUGCCUGUUGUUUUAAUGUGUGUUCAUAUUGUUGGUCUGUGAAGAAAUGUAAAUCUAAUAUGCUGUAACAUGUGAGAUGACAUGUGAAUAAUGACUCAUCCUAUUUACCCAUCAACAGUACAGCAGUGGCUCUAAGGCCAUGACUUUUUAUAUGUACACAGAAAUUAGAUCAUUUUGUAUCUAAUUCACAUAUUUUGAUGCCACCUUACAUCAAUCAAAUGUAUAAAGCCCUUUUUACAUCAGAACAUAUCAUGAAGGUAGUUGUUGACCUGUCUCCUUUGUUAAGGUGCCUGGGAGAUAUGAUUGAACCAGAACACAUACUUCUCUGUCUGCUACUGAGACCAAAAGAACGUCAAAAUGAACAUCUUAUUUUAGCUCUGGAACACUGCCAUCUGUCGCCUGUCCUUUUUGUCAAAUUGUAUGUCUCCACUGAGCUGUGUAAGCAAACGUAGAGCUACUCUUGUUUCCACUUCAUUCAUCCGCUCCUGAGUGGCGCAGAGGUGCUAGAGGUGUCACUACAGAUCCUGGUUCGAUUCCAGGCUGUAUCUCCAUGAUUGGGAGUCCCAUAGGGCGGUGCACAAUUGGCCCAGCAUUGGCCGGGGUAGGCCGUCAUUGUAAAUAAGAAUGUAUUCUUAACUGACUUGCCUAGUUAAAUAAAAAGUUAAACUGUCAUUGAUUUCACAUGAAGGGGAGGGGGGGUUCACUACACUGUAACAUCACAUUCCAUUGGCUGUGCUGGUUCUAAAAUGGUAGAACACUGACUGAAUGCACUGGGCCUCUUAUGAAUCUAUAAUCUAGAGAAAGGAUUCUGUGAUUUAUGUUGCCUUCUAUCCCUAAACACUAGUUCUGACCAGACUGUCCUCUGACUGGUGUGUUGACUUAAUCUUAAAUAGCCUUUAUCAGCCGUAACGUAUCUGACAUGCUCUCUCUGUUGCAGUACUGCAUGUACAGUCUACUGUUCUUAUCUCUAUGGGAAAUGUAUCUGACAUGCUCUCUCUGUUGCAGUACUGCAUGUACAGUCUACUGUUCUUAUCUCUAUGGGAAAUGUAUCUGACAUGCUCUCUCUGUUGCAGUACUGCAUGUACAGUCUACUGUUCUUAUCUCUAUGGGAAAUGUAUCUGACAUGCUCUCUCUGUUGCAGUACUGCAUGUACAGUCUACUGUUCUUAUCUCUAUGGGAAAUGUAUCUGACAUGCUCUCUCUGUUGCAGUACUGCAUGUACAGUCUACUGUUCUUAUCUCUAUGGGAAAUGUAUCUGACAUGCUCUCUCUGUUGCAGUACUGCAUGUACAGUCUACUGUUAUCUCUAUGGGAAAUGUAUCUGAAAUGCUCUCUCUGUUGCAGUACUGCAUGUACAGUCUACUGUUCUUAUCUCUAUGGGAAAUGUAUCUGACAUGCUCUCUGUUGCAGUACUGCAUGUACAGUCUACUGUUCUUAUCUCUAUGGGAAAUGUAUCCGACAUGCUCUCUGUUGCAGUACUGCAUGUACAGUCUCAUGUUCUUAUCUCUAUGGGAAAUGUAUCUGACAUGCUCUCUGUUGCAGUACUGCAUGUACAGUCUACUGUUCUUAUCUCUAUGGGAAAUGUAUCUGACAUGCUCUCUGUUGCAGUACUGCAUGUACAGUCUACUGUUCUUAUCUCUAUGGGAAAUGUAUCCGACAUGCUCUCUCUGUUGCAGUACUGCAUGUACAGUCUACUGUUCUUAUCUCUAUGGGAAACGUAUCUGACAUGCUCUCUCUGUUGCAGUACUGCAUGUACAGUCUAAUGUUCUUAUCUCUAUGGGAAAUGUAUCUGACAUGCUCUCUCUGUUGCAGUACUGCAUGUACAGUCUACUGUUCUUAUCUCUAUGGGAAAUGUAUCCGACAUGCUCUCUCUGUUGCAGUACUGCAUGUACAGUCUACUGUUCUUAUCUCUAUGGGAAAUGUAUCCGACAUGCUCUCUCUGUUGCAGUACUGCAUGUACAGUCUAAUGUUCUUAUCUCUAUGGGAAAUGUAUCCAACAUGCUCUCUCUGUUGCAGUACUGCAUGUACAGUCUAAUGUUCUUAUCUCUAUGGGAAAUGUCUUUGUUCACCAGACCCUUUUCUCAAUAACAUUUGUAUCUAAUUAAACUGUGUUCCUCACCACGGCCAA